UCUCUCUUCCUUUCCCUUGAUGUAAUAAUGGCUUUAUACCGAUUCGCUUACUUUUCUUCUCCUCCUUCCUCCAUUUUUCGUUUCCCGAAAUACCCUUCGAAACACGUUAAAUUCUCUUUGCUGCCACUCUCAUUCGCAACGAUGGAAGCUCCUCCAGAAGGUUAUCGCAGGAACGUUGGUAUCUGUCUCAUGAGCAAUCACAAAAAGAUUUUCGCGGCUUCGAGGCUCGACAUUCCCAAUUCUUGGCAAAUGCCUCAGGGUGGUAUUGAUGAAGGUGAGGAUCCAAGAAAUGCAGCCAUCAGGGAAUUAAGAGAAGAGACAGGAGUUAAUUCUGCAGAAGUGAUUGCUGAGGUACCAUAUUGGUUAACUUAUGACUUCCCACCAAAAGUAAGGGAGAAAUUAAAUAUUCAGUGGGGAUCUGAUUGGAAGGGUCAGGCACAGAAAUGGUUUCUUUUUAAGUUCACUGGACAAGAUCAAGAAAUUAAUCUUUUGGGUGAUGGUACUGAGAAAGCUGAGUUUGGGGAAUGGUCAUGGAUAUCACCUGAACAAGUAAUUGAGCUUGCAGUGGAUUUCAAGAAACCUGUCUACAAGGAAGUCUUAGCAGUGUUUGCUCCAUAUUUCCAAUAAUCUUAUCUUUGGCUGAAAUUGUUAUGGCUUCCCAAUGACUGGUACCUUGGGUGAUUCUUAGGGCUGCUUUAAAAAAGAAUAUAUUCCAAAUAACUACCGAGACAAUUAUUUUCUUUUUCUCCUCUGGGCAAUAACCAUAGGGCAGGCGAAGAGGGCUAUUUAUUGUAUGUCUGAAUGAAAUAUGUAUUGUCAUGAACUCCAUAACACCUGUAUUGCAUCUGUCCACUUUUUUUUUUUUUUUGUCAUGAUGAAAUAUGGCAGGCACGUAUUGUUACAUACCAAAUGGUGUAUGAGAAUGAAUUUUGUGAUUACUAACCUACAAAUUGUAUGUCUUUUGGGGAACACAGUAUCAGGAUUUGAGUUAAAAAAUCAAGUUAAGAAAGAGUAAAAACUCUGUCACACAAUACACACUAAUGUAAGAUUGAACUUUAAAUGUAAACUAUAAGAAAGAGUAUUUUCUUUUUUUUGACAGAA